AUGUCUACGCCGGGCGACGACGAGCUGCGCACCGCAGUGCGUGAUGCACGUGACGCCAACCCCGAUCUCGGCGCGCUCAAGCUGUUGGCGGCAAUCAAGGAUGCCAAGGGUUGGACCUUGAGCGAGAAGCGCUUCCGCAAGGCACUGGCCGACGUCGGUGGCACGGCUGCGGGUGGGGGCGCUGCAGCCAAGCCCAGCGCGAAGAAGAAGAAGGGCAAGAAGAGCCGCCGCGUCGGUGACCACCUCGAGCCCGAGACGCACCUCGACUCCACCCUUGACAUUGCCACGAUCGCACCCAAGGUUAAUGCGAGGAUGUUCAAUGACGCGCGGGGCAAGGGGUUGGUUGCGGCCGAGGAGCUGCAGAUGGGCGAGAUGAUCUGGCGCGAGGACCCGUUCGUCGCUUGUGCCUCACCUGCGUUGCACUCGAUAUUGGCCAGCAACCAGAUGUGUAGCCACUGCCUCAUGGCGUGGGACCACCUCCCGCGUACGAUUGCCGCCUGUCCCAAGUGUCCCGCGUCCUUCUGUUCACGCCUGUGUCUUCAGCGUGCUCAGGAGAGCUCGCACCAUCCCCUCCUCUGCGAGGGUACAAACCCGGCCGCUGCGCCGCUUAACGAAUUUGUCCAGGGCCGCGAGUGGCGGUCGCUGGGCAUCGUCGCGCGCAUUCUCGCCCGUUUCCUGACUUCGCGGGCGUGGGAGGGUGCCGAGGCGGCCAAGGCGUUCGAGAAUCGCGUCUUCUCCUUUGCCCGCGUCAACAUGGAGGAGCGUGAGCGUGACAACCCCUCUUUCCGGGCCCAAGAGGGGACGAUGACCGCCCUCUGGGGCAUGGGCCAUCAGCUGCUCCUCAGCGCGCUGCAUCCCCAGACCGAGGUCGAGCAGGCGCGCCUCACCAAGAUCCUGCGCAAGGGCGGUCGCCAGGUCACGCCGCUCACUGACGAGGAGGAGCAGCGUUGGUUCUCGUACCAAGCGUUCCUCGAACUGUUGGGAAUGGUCAACCUCAACCUCGAGGACUCGGGGGGUCUGUAUGCGCUGCAUGCGCAUCUGAACCACUCGUGCGAGCCGAACGUGCAGGUUCGCAACCUCCCCAAGGGCUGGACGCCGCCCGACUCUCUCCCUGCGCCUCUCCCCGAACAGCUACAGCGUGGCACGCACAAGCUUACUCUGCUUGCACGCAACACCAUUCCUGCAGGCGACGAGCUGACCAUCUCGUACGUUCCGCUGGACAUGCCGCGCAACGAGCGCCAGCAGGCCCUACGGCUGGGCUACGGCUUCUGGUGCGACUGCGCGCGCUGCGAGCGGGAGAAGACCCCGACGAAGCCUGCGAAGGAGGACCCAGAGGCCAAAAGGCGGAAGGAGGAGGCGGUGGAGAGCAUCGUCGCUGGCGUGGAUGAGCUCGCGGUCGACGACCAGUUGUAG